AUGAUGCUCGUUAUAAAGCUUCGCUCCGCCCAUACACUCUGGCACACGCAUCAGAUCUCACUUUCCCGCGAAUAUUCGAGGAGCUGCAUGCAUGGAGACCAACACCUGGCGAUUCCCAUGGGUGCCGAAUGUAGCCUCUUUUUAGAUCCUCACGAAGGUUUUGUUCUUCCCAUGGCUCUAGCGACUCUUGCAAGGAAAUUGGUGCUCAAUCGCCCUCCUCUUCCAGCUUACUCGCGAAGGACCAUCCCUCCUCGCUAUUCUUCGUUUCGUCUCCUGCAAUCCAAGGGAGGAUUCAUGGCGCAGCAGCAGCAGCACCACGAGGAAGCGUCGGCCAAGGGCGGGAGUAGCAGCGACAUCAUCGAGCGCAUCAAGAAGGAUCACGAGGAGCUGGACGACUACUACAAGUACUACAAGAAAUCGCUCAAGGACAGCGAUGGCGAGGCGGCGCUCAAGUGGUUCAACCAGUUCGUGUGGGAGAUUUGCCGCCACUCGGUGUCCGAGGAGCUGGUCCUCUACCCGAUGAUGGAAACCAUGGGCGAUCGAGGCAAGAAGCUGGCCGACAAAUCCCGCGAGGAUCACCACAAGGUGAAGGAGAUGCUCGCGGAGAUGGAGUCGAUGAGUGACGCCAAGGAGAUGGAGCCCAAGAUGGACAAGCUCAUGGAGGAGCUCCGCGAGCACAUCAAGCUGGAGGAGAGCGAGGAUCUGGCGCUGGUGGAGAAAGAGGUGGGGCUUGGCGCGCGAGAGACCGCGGGAGCUACGUUUGCGCUGGGCAAGAGCAUCGCGCCGACGAGGCCACAUACCAUGGUCCCGGAGAAGCCGGUGAUGGUGGAGGCUGCGCUGGGUUUGCUCGCGACUCCCAUGGAUAAGCUGCGUGAUAUGUUCACGAGCUUUCCCAAAGCUUGAUCGGCUAUCGUUUGAUCCUCCGCCAUUGAUCAUGACGAAAUCUCCAAAAACAACAUAGUAACAA